CCGGGACUGCCCAAUGCAGUAACCCAGACGGCCAAGAUCCAACAGAUGGUUGGAUAUCAUCAUUCCACACGUGGUGCCGCGCGGUUUUCCCCGGACUGGUUAUGGAGAAGCUGCCAAGGGUUGACUGCUAUGGCUUCGCCCCGCCGUCAUAUUCUUGCCCGACGAUGGAAGGAUCCUGGAGCUGUCAGUCGGGGAGGAGGAGGGAAUGUAUAUAAGAGGGAUGAGCAACGGAAGAAAUUCCCACGACAGGACCAAGUCCAUCAUCCAAUAUGUUAUCAUUCUCACUCACCCUUCUCCUGGCGUCGGUGAUUGCCAUUUCGCAAGCCACGCCUUUGCGUCUACGAUCUCGCCAACGUGGCAUUCAGUGGCAGCAAUGUCCCGACGAGAAAGAUUCCCCGCUGCAAUGUGCCAAUCUGACGGUUCCGCUGGACUAUUCGGGGGAACUAUCGAAUGCGACGGUCCCCUUGGAAUUGUUCCGAGUCCCUGCUCCCAACAAUCGAUCGAACGGAAGUGUGUUGCUGAACUUUGGGGGCCCUGGCGCUAACGGACGCCUGAGUUUGUUCUCGUAUAAGGAGAUUCUGCAAGGGAUAACUGGUGGCAACCACGAUCUCAUCGCCGUCGUUCCACGAGGAACUGGCAACAACACUCUUCGCUUCUCAUGCUACAACACCGAGCUAGAAAGGAUGACUAGUGAUCUUGUAUACGAUCUUCCCAAUGGACUCUCCUCGGACACCGCAGUGGGAAAGCUAUGGGUACACAGCAAAUUCAAGGCCGACGCGUGCUAUGCAACGCAGAACAAGACUGGAAGUUUUGUCAGCACGGCGUCCACGGCGCGGGACUUUAUGAGCGUUGUAGACGCGCUGGAUGAGGACGGCAUGCUGCGAUACUGGGGCAUUUCAUACGGGACGGUUCUCGGCUCGACUCUGGCAGCAAUGUAUCCGGACCGGAUUGAUAAGAUGGUCCUCGACGCCGUUGUCAACUUGCAUGAGUACUACCAGAACAAAGAAAGAGAGAUGUUCUCGGACGCCGACAACGUGUUCCGAGGCUUCUGCUCCGGCUGCGUCGAUUCCCCCGAGACCUGCCCCCUCGGUAGAAACACCACGGCCGCCGAGCUCGAGGCGAGCAUCUACUCCAUGAUAGAGAAGAUCAAAUACAACCCCUACUCUGUGACAGUCCCGGUCCUCGGCCCGACAAUCAUCGACUACACCACCGUCCGAACCAGGAUCAUCAGCGACCUCUACUCGCCGGUCCUCUGGCCCAGCACCGCAUCCUUCCUCAACGGGCUGCUGACAGGCAACGGCAGCGCCGUCGCCGAAUACCUGGCCUCCGUAUCCGUCCGGCCGUCCGGGAUGGAAGCCGAGGCGCAGUUCGGGGUGAAAUGCAGCGAUGCAUUCGCGACGAUGUCCAGCGCCGAGGAGCUAGCCAUCACGAUCCAGACGCGACAGCAGUCGAGCCGGAUUGGCGGGGACACGGCGGACUACGUGCCGAUGGUCUGCGCGCACUGGAAGCUGGCGGCGAAGGAGCGAUACGACGGGGACUUCCGGGUGAAGACGAAGACGCCGGUGCUGUUCAUCGGCAAUACGCACGACCCGGUGACGCCGUUGGUGUCGGCCAGGAACGUCAGCUCGGGCUUCGAGGGUAGUGUGUUGCUGCAGCAUGAUGGUUAUGGGCAUGGGUCUCUGGAACUGGCGUCGUUGUGCACUGCGAAGGCUACUCGGGCGUAUUUCCGCAAUGGUACCCUGCCGGAGGCCAAUACGAAGUGCGAUACUACAGGGUCGUUGUUCUCGGGAGAAACGGGGUGGGAUGAGGUGCUUGAGGAGCUGGGUAAGAAGUAGGGUUGAUUGAUUGUCACAUUUUGUUUAGCAUGAUGUUUACUCGC